ACAGAUGUCCUUCGUAGUGCAGCCAAAUUUUACAAAAAAAAAGGUGACCUAGACAAAGAUAUUGAACUGUUAAAGAAGGCACUGAAGUUCGUACCAUACAAUAGCUUCCUCUAUCACCAGAUCAGGUGGUUCUACGAGGCAAAAAUCAAACAAAUACAUAAUAGAGAAGAAUCUGAAGCUAUUGCAAAUAGAGAGAAAUAUGCUAUGGAACAUUUGAAUGAAGUGAUUGUGGAGGGACGGGUUCCUCGGAAUGCACACUCUGAUCUCACUGAGCACCUAGAAGCACAAGCACGUUGUCCGACAGCACUCAGUAAGGAGCUGCCUGACCCUGAGAGGCAGCGACUCCAGCAGCACUCUUGCAACCUCCAGGAGUAUCACGGGAAGUCAGAAGACACUGCUGCCCAGCAUCAUUUAGUGGAUUUGUCUGUAAGCAAACCACCAACUGAGAAAGAAGAAAUGAAAUGCCAAUUGCAAAACCUCAACGAAAAUCUUCCACAAAAUGCAUCCAAUUCUUGGUAUCUCCAAGGAUUAAAUCAUGAGCUGAAUGGAAAUCUGCAGCAGGCAGCUGCAUGUUAUGAGCGGGAACUGGGCCACUUGCUCAGGAAUACCCCUUCA